UAUCCAUCAAACCCACUAAAACAAUGGCUUCAUUUUCCCCUCUAAAAUUUCUUGCUAUUUUGCUAGUCCUUCUUGUCUCACCAUUGUCAUCUGCAAGAUAUCAUUCUGGGCAAAACACCCAUGAUGUUUCUUCUUCAACUGCUUAUAGUUUGGCCAAAAAGCAAGCAGAAAGGCUGAUCAAAUCUUUCAACUUGUCCCCUAAAGACUCUGUUAGCACUAUUCAUGCCGACACAACUGCAUCAAAAUCAGAGGACGCUCCGGGGAUUGUUGAGAAACAAUUCAAAUUCCCUUCAGUUUCUGGCCCUGGACCUUCUGUUCAAGAAUUUGGUCAUUAUGCUGGAUACUAUAAACUCCAACAUUCUAAAGCUGCAAGGAUCAAAUUUAUUCCUUAUUCAUUCUUGGAAAAUCAAGUGAUCAUGGAGCUCUCUCUCUGCAUUUUUUUUUCCUCAGAAACUGGGGGUGAGAAUGCUUGUAUUUCUUCUUAUCAAACCUGCAAUGGUAUAUUUCAUCAGAUACUGUCUUAUGCUGGUAACAUAAACUACUAUGAUAUUAGAAAGCAAUGCGAGGGAUCCUUGUGCUACGACUUCUCAGCCAUGGAGACAUUCCUGAAUGAGAAAUCAGUCAAGGAUGCACUUGGAGUUGGAGACAUAAGCUUUGUCUCCUGCAGCACUGAUGUGUAUUAUGAGAUGACGGGAGACUGGAUGAGGAAUCUGGCAAUCGGAAUUCCUGAGCUGCUUGAGGACGGUAUCAGGGUUCUGUUGUAUGAAGGGGAGUACGACCUCAUAUGCAACUGGCUUGGAAAUUCCCUGUGGGUUAACGCAUUGGAAUGGUCUGGCCAGAAAGAGUAUCAGGCAGCUCCGACUGUUCCUUUUGUAGUUGAUGGUAAAGAAGCCGGAAGGCUGAAGACUCACGGUGCUCUGUCUUUCCUCAAGGUUCAUAAUGCAGGUCACAUGGUUCCAAUGGAUCAGCCGAAGAAUUCUUUGCAGAUGCUAGAGAGCUGGAUGCAAGGAAAAUUGGCCAUGCAGGCAUCCAUUUUGGAUGAAAUUUAAAAUUUCAUUGAUUCAAAACUGUUAUUUACAUUUAGAGCAACUAUAGCUGCCAUGUAUACAUCCUUAAGGACUGCUCCCAAGUAAUGUCCCCUGCGCCAUAUACAACAGAAAAAUCAUUCUAAUGAUCCUGGGAUUGUCUACCCUCUCUAUUGUCCCCGUUGCCCCUUCUUACAUAUUCUGUUGCAGAAGUAACACAUACAAUGUGCGUAACAUAUACUUGCUCGGCUUGGUUAAUAUAAUCACAAAAACAUA